UCACACCCCCCCCCACUCCCCCACCCUCCAAAAACCCAAAACACACCUUUCUUUAGCCCAUCUUUUUCUUCUUAUAAAUUAAACUUCACCCUCUUUCUUCAACUGUUGAAAUAAACACCAUAACUCAUCAACAAAGAGAAAAAAAGAAAGAAAAAAAUCAAGAAUCCUUUAAAAAAUAGCCACUUUCAUGGCUGUUGAUGUAUGUUGUGAGAUUGCAAGUUUAGUUGUUAGUCCAAGAAUCUCCUUUUCACAUGAUGAUGGAAUUCCACUUGAAUGCCAUCAACAACAACAUUAUAGAUCAGAUGCAUUUCUUCUUGAAUCAUCAUCCACCAUUGAUUUUGAUUUUGAUUUUUGUGUUAGUGAAAAACAAUUAUUCAUCUCUUCUGCUGAUGAACUUUUCUCCAAUGGCAAGAUCCUCCCUUUUGAAAUCAAGAACUCAACACCCUUAACACAAAUCAUCAACAAAUCUUUGCAAAAACAGCCACAAUCCUUUUCACAAUUGCAAAAACAGCCACUUCUUGAAAAUGACAAGGAAAAUACAAAGAAAAAAAGCUUAAAGGAAUUCUUAUCCAAUGAUAUUGAUGAUGAUGAUGAAGAACAAGAAACAGAAAAAUUGCUACAACCAAAACCAUUUUGGCAAUUCAGAAGAAGUAGUAGCUUGAAUUACCAAAAUAGCCACAUUUUGCAAUUUCUAACCAGAAGUAACUCAACUGGCUCUGCUCCAAUACAAAAGAAUCCAAAAGUAUAUCAAAAACAAAGUUCACAAAGAGAACAAAGAGAAAAAAUAAAAGUUCUUAGAAAAAGUUCAUCAUUAUCAUCAUCAUCAUCAUCUUCAUCAUCAUCUUCUUCUUCAUUUUCGACGAAUUUUUCGUCAUUUAAUCAGAGCCAUUCAUUGCAUUCAUCAUCAUCAAAGAAGAGUCAAUCACAUCCAUUGAAGAAGAGUUAUAGUAGAUCUUAUGGCAAUGGAGUUCAUGUGAGUCCUGUUUUAAAUAUUCCACAAGCUUUGUUUGGUUUAGGUUCUUUGUUUUGUAAUGGCAAAUCAAAAAAGAAGAAAUAAUUUAUUUAUUUUUUUGGUUCAUAGAUCAAAACAUCUUCAUAUAGUUUAUAGAUGUUCCUUUUUUAAAUUUAUAAGAUUCAAUUUAUAUAA